AUAGAUACGAAUUGAUGUAAAAUACAAACAACUCCAGCAAAGAAUUGAUUAGUUCGUCAACUCAGUGAAGCUCAUGCAUUGAGCUGCACGUUUUCAUAAUAAUAAUACAAUGUUUACAGUGAAACAUCACGAAUGUGUGGGUUUCGAAUCGAAGUGGAAAGUGAAAAAAGUAUCUGCCAACAAUUCCUGCCAAACAGAAUUUCGAACAACGGAAACUGGCAGUAAUACUUCCGAAAGAAAGUCCCAAGAAGUACAAACGGAAAAAACCGAACCGACUCAAACCGAUGUCGACAUGGAGAAAUUAGGCAAAUGGCUUAGCAAAAUUUACCCCCAGGUCAAGGAGCAAAUCGACAACUCAAAUAACUCCAGAAUUUUCCAGAAUUAUCGUCUACUGGAUGAUCCGAUUGAUGCUACUUGCAAGUUGGUGCAGACGUUGCAAGUGGCGUCGAAAGGAGAGACUGGAAGUAAAGCCAUACCGAUUAUUGCUUCCUUACAAUGGAAUAACUCAGGAAAAAGUUUAGCGGUUCCCUACAAUUACAAGCACAGAACAUGGUGUCACCAUGCAGGAAUAAUCUGCAUAUACACAUUAAACAGAGAUUGUUUAUCAGAUACUCCAAAGAAAAGGCUCUCGACAGAAUCUUGUGUAACUAGUAUAAAAUACCACCCCAUUCACAGUGGAAUACUGGCAGCUGGAACCUUCACAGGUCAAAUUUACAUUUGGAAUGUAGAAAACGAUGUAGAUCCACUGAUCUGCAACAUCUUAGCCCAUGAUGAGUACAUUACUCAAAUAUCCUGGAUGAAUUAUAUCGAUGCCACUAACAGUGUGUGUUUAGCUAGUUCCAGUACGGAUGGGUUACUCAAACUAUGGAACUUCGACAUAACAAAUAACAUAUUAAAAAUAAAAAUUACAUAUAAAAUUAAAACCCCGGUUUUGGCAAAGAUGAACCAAACCACUGAGGUUUCCGAGGCACUGCUAGACAAAGGACAACUUGGUCUUGUUGGAUUCGAUUUUUCUAAGAACAUCCCCGAUUUAUUUAUUGUAGCUUUAGAAGGAGGCUUAAUAGUACGAUGUACCAUGUUGGGAACAACUCAAUUAAAAGGAACAGCGACGGAAACGUAUUUUUAUGAUCCUGUUUUCAAAUACUACGAACCCCACAAGGGGGAAAUUGUCGCCAUCAAAUUUUCGCCCGAUCGAAAAGACCUGUUUCUUACAAGCGGCACUGAUGGACAGAUACGAAUUUACAGAAUCGAUCAGGACGAACCCGCUCAAGUAAUUUUUACGAAAUCCCCUUUAAACGAUAUUUCUUAUAUCCCUCAUGAGGAAAAAUUGGUGGCAGCUUGUGGGCAACACGGGACUAUGGAAGUUUAUCACUUAAUCAGUGGCAAAUCCGUUCCACUAUCAUUUAAUGCAAAAAUCACACGAAGCAAUUUAACGAGCUUGGCUGUGAACAGUGGAAACACAAAAUUCGUAGUUCUUGGCAACAAGAAUGGACAAUUACAGUUAUGGAGCGUUCCAUGGCAGAGUAUUGAGUUUCAAAACAGAAAAUAAAACUGAUCAGUUUGAAAAGCGUUCGAGUUCCGAAGAGCUUAUUUUAUAGCUUGAAUUAACUAAAUGAAAAAUAAGAGAAUCAUGUUAUUUAAAUGAAUUUUAUUCAACAAUAUACUUUUUACAAAAGUG